GAUUCAGAGUCGGGGGAUGACGAUGCACCCGUCCGGAUUCCACGCGGAAAACUCCUGUCACGCCUACAGCCCCAUGUCACGGAAGACACGUCGGCGAGCGAGGAAGACGACUAUGGCGCGGGCGCGUAUGAGCGCAUGAAGAAGCGGCUCAUGGCGGGCCCAGGCAAGCAAGAACCCGAAAAGGAACAAGCCAAAGGGCACGAGGAUCGGCCGAGAGCCGCCCCGACUCCUAGCAGCGAAGACGAAGACGAGGCCCCUGUACGCGCGAACAAAACCUGCCGAUUACUGUCUAGAAGAGAAAAGACAGCUUCCCCUCCUAGCUCACCUUUGGUUAGCGAGCGAGUUAAGCGCAUACGCACCGAAAGGUUGGCAAAGCAGAGGCAGGAACGGGAGACGAAGAAACGCGCAAAGACUACGCGUCGUGUGUCAGACGAGGAGUCAGAAAGCAACUCCGAUGGAGAGAACAGCAGGCGGCUAACGCAACAGUCCAAACCUACGCGAAAGGCGGGUAAGAAAGCCAUGGAGGCGAUGGUCCGCGAGCAAGAGAAGAUCCGUCGAGGUAUGCAGCUUACACAUCAAGCGAAGACGAAAAAGAGGUAUGGCGCAAAGGACCUUCUGGCUCGAUUCGGAUUCAACCAGGGCAACGAUAUCUCGGAAACGGCAGGGCUUCCAACUCCCGAUGGCAGCUCACUACCUCCGUCACCGAAUGUCGAAGGCCACCAGACUCACGAUACGCCACCUACGAGCCCUCCAGCUUUCGAAGAUGUACCCGAGAAAGACGUCGCGGACACAGACAUAGAAACCCCCGCGGCAACAACACCUCAGGAUCAAUGCGCGUCACCACGCCCUGCAAAGAUCGACAAGGGCAAAGGCCGAGCCCCAGAGUUCCAACAUGUACCACUGAAUCCAUCACUAGCGCAGUCAAACACGGUUACCGUUCAGAAUGCGCGGGUGAAACUCAGGGAUCCCGUGGCAGCAGCCAUGGUUGAAUUGUCUGAUUCAGAAGAUGACCUGGAAGUCGUCAAGCCUAGGAGCAGAUUUCCUGUUUUCGAUCGACUUCCGGAGAAGCAGAGGGCGGAAGCACCGGCGUUGCUUCACCUUCGUCGUCUCGCUCAUUUGACAUCCCCCAGAAAGGACACGUCGAAGGGUCGAAAGUCGAUGAAUAACGCAGAGCUGCAGCUACUCCUCGCACAGAAGGGCCGCCAGCAAGCGCAAAAGGAGCGCAAAGAGAAGAUCGAGGAGCUUAGGCGAAAGGGUAUCCACGUCGAAACCGAGGAGGAGCGGGAGCAGCGACAGAUGGAGGUCGAAGAUAUGGUUGCUCAGUUUGAGAAACAGAGGCAAAAAGACCUCAAGCUUGCUAAACUCGAAAGAGAAGAAGCUAAGAAGAAUGGAGAGAUUGGUGAUGGGCUAGUCUCGAGCGACGAUUCUGAGGACGAAGAUUACGCCGCCAGCGGCGAGGAGAACGCUGCUGAAGGCGAAGAAGUGGACGAGAAUGAGGACCAAGCUGAGGUUGAGCUAUCUGGAUCUGAAGAGGAAGAUGAAGAGGAGCUCGAGGAUGAAACUGUCGAGGAGUCCAAUGGCUUGGUUGACGACAUGGCUGACGAAGACGAAGACGAAGACAAGGCUGAAAAUGCCCCACUGGAGGAGCAGCUUCGUGAUGACGAGGAUAUAGAGGACGAGGAAUAUGAUGCUCCUGUUCGCAAGGCACCCGCCAAGCGAACCAGGAAUGUCGUGGUUGACGAAGAGGAUGAGAGCGAGGAUGAGUCGCCCAGGCAUGGUUCACCCACCGAAGUAGCAACCCAAGACGAUGCUAUGGCCGCAUUUGGCUUCGGCAACCCAGCACCAGCCCUCGGCCUGACACAAGCAUUCGCCGGCACGAUGGCGAACCUGGAAGAGGCUCGUUCGGCUGAAGAACCCGAACAGGAUUCGCUAGAUUUCCUGCGCAGUCUUCCAGAUACUCAGCCUGGCGCAAGCUUCAGCCAAGGGAUGGAUUUCCUGGUCCCUAACAGCCAAACACUCGCUUCCCAGCAGGGCUACUCGCAAGAAGGCCCUGUCUCGCAAAUCAACCUGGGAAUCAGCCAGCUCAUUGAGACUUCACCAGCUUUCUCACGCACCCAACUGUCGGAUGUUCCAGAACCCACCCAGGAUGCUGGGUUCCUCCUCUCUCGCUCGCCUUCUGGUCUUGUUCCACCUCCCUCUACUGUCGAGACUGUCAUGCUGCCCAUUGCCGAGUCUCCGAUUGUGGAGAGGAAGGGGAAGCUUCGUCGAGGACGUAAGGAAACGCCUAUCGAGCUGUCUGAUGUUGACGAGGAUCACUCUGCUUCCGGGUCAGAUCCUGAAGUCGAGGAGCAACCUACUAAAGCCAAAGACGUCUUCACCAUCAUGAAGAAGGCUGCGAAGAAGCAACGAGCGAUCGACAAUUUCAACAAGAAGACGUCCUGGGCGAAGGAUGCCGUUGAAGAGCAGGCCGAAGAGUCCGAAGAUGAGUACGCUGGGCUUGGAGGCGCAAGUGAUGAAGAGAGCGGAGAAGAGGAUGAAGAACUUGCUAAGAUGAUUGAUUCGAAUGACAUCAAAGUCGAUGAACGACAGAUCGCUGCAUACUUUGCCGAGAAGGCAAAGAAGGAUGACGAAAAGAACAUUAACCAGCUCUACAAAGAUAUCAUGAGUGGCAACCUGCGGAAAAGAGCUGGCGCGGAUGCUUUUGAUAUCUCCGAUGACGAAGACGAGGCCGAGAUGCGCCGCCGGAAGAAGCAGGCGCAGUUCCGACAGAUGACCAAGGCACUGAUUGCUGAUGAACGUAUCGGCAAGAUCGCUGAGGACGCUAAGAAAGCCGCCUUCUUUAAGACGUUUAUGGAUCAUUACGAUGACCCUGACUACGACUUCCUCGAUGCUCCCGAAGAGAUGGCUGCGGAGACCUCACAGUCUCAGUCCGAGGAAAACAAGGAAGGCAGCCAGGACAUCUCGAUCCCAGACUCCCAGGCCAACGAGGCGACCACCACUACUCCAGCCAACCCUCUGAAGCGCAAAUCCACAGACUCUCAAGAGAAAGAGAACCGUCCACCACCUCAUCUCCGCCGCACCGCUGCCUCCGACGCUAUGACAAGGAAACCCAUGUCCUUCGCCGAUGUUCAACACUCCGUCUCGGAGCUGCUCGAAGACCCCCGCAUCAUGGUCCCCGACUCGCAAUAUAUUUCGGAUUCAGACGGCGAGGAAGCCCCAGCACCUGCGCCUCUUACUCACAAACAGCCCAUCAUCGACCGCCUCACCCUCUCCCGCACAUCCACAUCCUCAGACUCCACCACCGACGCAAGUAACCUCGCUUUCCACUCGCCGUCCGCGGGGCCCCAUCAACCCGGCUUCCGCGUCCCCUCCUUGCUUCGCCGCGCGACGAGCAACUUCUCGAACGUAAGCGAGCGGUCGAGCUCAGGGGCUAGCACGCCGGUUGAAGGUGGUGUGAGAAGGGGUGGCACAGGGAGGAGCAAUAUUCAUGCGCAGGCACGAGAGGCGGAGAGAAGGGCGAUGGUGGAGAGGGUGGAGAAGAAGAGGAAGGACGCACUGAGGAAGGUGGGGAAGGCGAGGGGGAAGAGGAGCGUGCUGAGUGCGCUAGGUGGUGGGUUUGAGUAG